CCGACGGCGGCGCCGCGGGAGGCCGGGCGCAUGCGGCCCCCGGGAAGGCAGUGAUCGCGGGGUGGCAGCGCACCAUGGCGCUGGAGCAGGCGCUGCAGGCCGCCCGGCAGGGGGAACUGGACGUGCUGCGGUCCCUGCACGCCGCCGGCCUGCUGGGGCCCUCGCUGCGCGACCCCCUGGACGCGCUGCCCGUGCAUCACGCCGCGCGCGCCGGCCAGCUGCACUGCCUGCGCUUCCUGGUGGAGGAGGCCGCGCUGCCCGCCGGGGCCCGGGCCCGCAACGGCGCCACCCCGGCCCACGACGCCGCCGCCACCGGCCACCUCGCCUGCCUGCAGUGGCUACUGUCGCAGGUCGGCUGCAGAGUGCAGGACAAAGACAAUUCUGGUGCCACAGUCCUGCAUCUGGCUGCCCGCUUUGGCCACCCUGAGGUGGUGAACUGGCUGCUGCGCCAUGGCAGCGGGGACCCUGCCAUGACCACAGACACCGGUGCCCUGCCCAUCCACUACGCCGCGGCCAAAGGAGACUUCCCCUCCCUGAGGCUCAUUGCGCAACACCACCCUGACGGAGUGAAUGCCCAAACCAAGAACGGUGCCACGCCCCUGUACCUGGCGUGCCAGGAGGGCCACCUGGAGGUGACGCAGUACCUGGUGCAGGAGUGCGGCGCCGACCCGCACCUGUGUGCCUACGACGGCAUGAGCCCGCUGCACGCCGCUGCGCAGAUGGGCCACUGCCCGGUCAUCGUGUGGCUGGUGAGCUGCGCCGACGUGAGCCUGUCAGAGCAGGACAAGGAUGGCGCCACUGCCAUGCACUUCGCAGCCAGCCGCGGCCACGCCAAAGUGCUCAGCUGGCUCCUGCUGCACGGCGGCGAGAUCUCGGCUGACCUGUGGGGCGGGACCCCUCUGCACGACGCUGCGGAGAAUGGGGAGCUCGAGUGCUGCCAGAUACUCGUGGUGAAUGGCGCAGAGCUGGACGUCCGCGACCGUGACGGGUACACAGCCGCAGACCUGUCGGACUACAACGGCCACAGCCACUGCACCCGCUACCUGCGCACCGUGGAGAACAUGAGCGUGGAGCACCGUGUGCUGUCCCGCGAUCCAUCCACAGAGCUGGAGGCAAGGCAGCCUGACUCUGGCAUGUCUUCGCCCAACACCACCAUGUCAGUCCAGCCAACAAACUUCGACCUCAGCUCGCCCACCAGCACACUCUCCAACUAUGACUCCUGCUCGUCCACCCAUUCCAGCAUCAAGGACCGACGCCCUCCCCGAGUGCUUCCGGGUGCAAGGGCUACAGACAUACAGAGCUACAUGGACCUGUUGAACCCGGAGCUGGGCCUGCCUCAGGGCAAGAAACCAUUUCCACCCAUGUUCUCUCAGCCGUCCCCAACCCUGGGCUCUGAGAUGCCCCCACCACCACCAGGCUACCCAGCUCCGAAGCCUCCUUCUGGGGUGCUGGCAGCUGACAUCUACCUGCAGACCAAGAACAAGCUCCGCCACGUGGAGAAGGACACCUUUAAGAAGGAGGUAGUGACCUGCCUCCCAGCUCCGAGCUCCCGCGAUCGCGAUCGCCACAACGGGCUGCGGAGGCAGGACUCCGGCCGCCAGCCCCACGCCCUCAGCAAGCAGCCCAGCACCGGGGACUACUACCGCCAGCUGGGCCGCUGCGCCGGGGAGCCGCCGGACGCGCGCCGGGGCAUGGCGCACAGCGAGGAGGCCGCGCUGCUCCCCGGGAACUACGUGCAGAACGGCUGCGCCGCGGACCCCAAGGCCACCUGGGACCUGCCCCCGCCACCGCCGCCGCCGCCGCCCCUGCCCGAGGCGGGGAGCUCGCCGCCGCCCGCCCCGCCUCUGCCCCUCGAGGGCGCGGGCCCCGGCGGCGGGCAGCGCCGCUCCUCCUCGUCCACAGGCAGCACCAAGUCUUUCAACAUGAUGUCCCCAACGGGUGACAACUCAGAGCUGCUGGCUGAGAUCAAGGCAGGCAAGAGCCUCAAGCCCACCCCGCAGAGCAAGGGGCUGACCACAGUGUUCUCCGGCAGCGGGCAGCCAGCCUCCCAGCCCGACUCACCGCAGCUGCCGGUGUCUCCCACGCCGUCUCGGCCCAGGAGCCCCACCCCGCCGUUUGCGGGGUCCCAACCGGUGCUCAACGGCAGCUUGGUGCCGGCCCCGCCGGCCACUCCUGCGCCGGGUGUGCAACUGGACGUGGAGGCGCUCAUCCCCACCCACGACGAGCAGGGCCGGCCCAUCCCCGAGUGGAAGCGCCAGGUGAUGGUUCGGAAGCUGCAGCUGAAGAUGCAGGAAGAGGAGGAGCAGAGGCGGAAGGAGGAAGAGGAGGAGGCCCGGCUGGCCAGCCUGCCUGCCUGGAGACGAGAUCUCCUGCGGAAGAAGCUGGAAGAGGAGAGGGAGCAGAAGCGAAAAGAGGAGGAGAGACAGAAGCAGGAGAUGCAGCAGAGGGAGAAAGAGCAGUCGGAGAAGCUGCGGACCCUGGGCUACGAUGAAACCAAGCUAGCGCCCUGGCAGCGACAGGUCAUCCUGAAGAAGGGGGAUAUCCCUAAGCAAUAGUGGGGAACGACACCACGGCCUCCUGCCUGUUAGCCUGAGCUCAGAGGGGGCGUCUCCCAGCCCCUGCUUCGGCCUGCACGGUGGGUAUGGACGGGCUGGGCGCCGUGCCGUCCCUCCCCUCUGCGCGGGAACCCUCUCUGACCCCCACACCCCGGCCCCGCACCCCCAGCCCCGCCACCGCUGGAGCGCAGGCGCGCGCUGCAGCCGCCGCCGCCGCCGCCGCCGCCACCGCCACCGCAGUCUGCCCAGAAAAAGUGCCCAAGCUGCUGACGCAAACCGCCGCCGCCUAUUUGCAUGCCGACUCACACGCACGCGCGCACGCACGCACGCACACACACCUGCAUGCUCCUGUCAGCGUGCAGCCCCCUCCCCCGCACCCCGGAAUGGGCGUCGCUGGAGCAUCCUGGGCGGAGGCAAGCCCCGAGCUCGGGAAGGGGUUUUCCUCCCCGACCCACAUCUCGCCUGGCCGGGGUCCAGACGCUUUUCUCACCCCCUCCCCGCCGAGGGUUUCCUCUCAAGUCAUUUGUUUACCAGAAACGUGGAAGCCUGCCCGCCGAGGGGGCGGGACUUCCGCCCCGGGCCCCGCCUUCGCCCCUCCGCCCUCCAGUUACCCCCGCCGGGACCCUCGCUCGCUCCCCCUUCCUCGGCCCUGCUGGGGUGAGUGCAGGACGGGGGUGGGCCGGGCUCCCCCCGUGGCCCCGACUGCUCCCGACCCCCGCCCUGCCGCCCUCCCCCGAUUAAAGCUCUCUGCCGCCUGGGCUCGGCUCUCUCUCA